GCGGAUUUCCCGUCGUGCUCCGGGUCAGUCUAGGAGGUUGCGACCAAUGCACCGUGUCACCGGCUUGGGGGACAAUGACAACGGAUCCGUAAUCGUUUAAAAGUGUACUAGCUAGUACACACAGAGAGCCGUGGGUCAUGUUAUCCUGAAUGUGCCACUUUUUCAUUGAAUUCUUCUGGAGAAGCCAUUUUACCUGCUAAGAGGUAUUACAAUUGGAACCAAAAAUGUCAAAUGUCAGUGGAGGAGGGAGUUGUAAACCAAACUCAAACAACUGGAAUAAAUCACAAGAAAAGCUUCCUGUACAUGUAGAGGAUGCUCUGUCUUACCUGGACCAGGUAAAAAUCCGUUUUGGGAGUGAUCCAGCCACGUACAAUGGAUUUCUGGAGAUUAUGAAGGAAUUUAAAUCUCAAAGUAUUGACACUCCUGGCGUAAUCCGUAGAGUCUCCCAGUUGUUCCAUGAGCACCCAGAUCUAAUGCUUGGUUUUAACGCUUUUCUACCACUUGGUUAUAAAAUUGAGCUUCCGAAGAAUGGGAAAGUGGUAGUACAGACUUCUCUGACCAGCCCUGUACCUUCGGAUGUGGCCACCAGCUCUUUGCCAAGCAGCCGUGCUACGCUGCCUACUGCACCAGAAAAUUCUCACAGUGAGAUAACAGAGGAAGCCCGGCAACUGGAUAAAGAAAAGGCACAGCCUCCCCCAGAAUCCGACUCUCUAGAGUUUCACAACGCCAUCAGCUAUGUCAAUAAAAUUAAAACAAGGUUUCUGGACCGGCCUGAAAUCUACAGAUCUUUCUUGGAAAUUCUUCACACAUAUCAGAAGGAUCAGCUUAAUCCAAAAGGUCGCCCGUUCCGUGGCAUGUCUGAAGAGGAGGUAUUCACAGAAGUUGCCAGCCUAUUCCGAGGGCAGGAAGACCUUUUGUCUGAAUUUGGCCAGUUUCUACCAGAAGCAAAGAGAUCUCUGUUCACUGGAAACGGAGCUUGUGAUCUUAGUAGCGCCAGGAAACUCGAGUACCAGCGAAACCUAGAGCAGAGCCGGAAGCGUUCAAGGUCUCUCCUGCUACGCCCCAUGUCUUGUCCUUCCAAGAAAAAAAUGAAGAUUCGUAAAUCUAAGGAUCAGUCUGUGGCCAGCGUGGGAAAGUACGGGACGCUACAGGAGUUCUCUUUCUUUAACAAGGUCCGCCGUGUGCUGAAGAGCCAAGAAGUGUAUGAAAACUUCCUGAGGUGUAUUGCUCUCUUUAACCAGGAACUUGUUUCUGGUUCUGAACUUUUGCAGUUGGUUACACCAUUUUUAGGGAAGUUCCCAGAGCUCUUUGCACAGUUCAAGUCUUUCCUAGGAGUGAAAGAACUCUCGUUCACCUCACCAGUCACAAAUGACCGUUCCAAUGAAGGCAUUGGACGUGAGAUUGAUUACGCAUCCUGUAAACGCAUUGGUUCCAGCUACCGAGCACUGCCCAAGACCUACCAGCAGCCAAAAUGCAGUGGGAGAACUGCAAUAUGCAAGGAGGUACUAAAUGACACCUGGGUUUCCUUCCCAGCAUGGUCUGAGGACUCUACAUUUGUUAGCUCCAAGAAAACACCAUAUGAGGAACAACUUCACCGCUGUGAGGAUGAGCGGUUUGAGCUGGAUGUGGUACUGGAAACCAACUUGGCUACUAUCAGAGUGCUGGAGAGUGUCCAGAAGAAAAUUUCCCGUAUGUCUCCAGAAGACCAGGAGAGGUUCCGUCUGGAUGACUGUUUGGGUGGCACCUCUGAGGUCAUCCAACGUCGUGCAAUUUACCGAAUCUAUGGGGACAAAGCUCCAGAUAUCAUCGAGAGCCUCAAGAAGAACCCAGCUACUGCUGUUCCAGUAGUACUGAAGAGGUUGAAAGCAAAGGAAGAAGAGUGGAGGGAAGCACAGCAGGGAUUCAAUAAGACAUGGCGGGAGCAGUAUGAGAGGGCUUACCUCAAGUCUCUCGACCACCAGGCAGUCAACUUCAAACAGAAUGACACUAAGGCCCUUCGUUCAAAGAGUCUGCUCAAUGAAAUAGAGAGCGUAUAUGAUGAGCAUCAGGAGCAACAUCCAGAAGGCAGGACAACUACAUCCAGCGGACCCCAUCUUAUCUACACAUAUGAGGACUGGCAAAUAAUGGAAGAUGCUGCGUCACUAAUCAGUUAUUAUGUGAAAAGACAGCCAGCCAUUCAAAAGGAAGAUAAGGACACCAUUCGACAGGUGCUAAACCAAUUUAUCCCUGAGCUGUUUUUCUCUUCACCCUCUUCCUGUCAGUCACCGUUUACUGGCACUUCAGAGGAGGCUCCAGCAGAGACCAAUACUGACACUACUCCCAUACCAGAGCUUCCUGAACGCCGGAGGAAGAGCACUACCCCAAGUGAAAUCCAGGAACCCAGCACACCUACACGGACACCCCCUAAGCCACCUCCCAAGACCACAGAAGAGAUGUACAGCUUGUUUUUUACAAACAAUAACUGGUACUUUUUUUUGCGGUUGCACCAUACGUUAUGUGCUAGACUUCAGAGAAUCUAUCAACAGGCACAGCUCCAGCUGCUGGAAUACAGGACUGAGAAGGAACGAGAGAAACUGCUGUGUGAAGGCAGAAAAGACAAGUCAAAUGGUCCAGCUAUGGAGCUCCGACUAAAACAGCCCAGUGAGGUGGAAUUAGAAGAGUUUUACCCUGCUUUCCUGGACAUGGUGAGAAAUCUGCUUGUUGGGAACCUAGACCCUACACACUAUGAAGACACUCUACGGGAGAUGUUCACCAUACAUGCUUACAUUGGAUUCACAAUGGACAAGCUCAUCCAGAAUAUAACACGGCAGCUCCACCAUCUGGUGAGUGAUGAAAUCUGUCUGAAAGUGGUUGAGCUGUACCUGAGUGAGAAGAAGCGUGGGGGCGCUGGGGGAAGCCUGGUCUCCCAGUGUGUUCGAGCUGCUAAGGAAACCAGUUACCAAUGGAAAGCAGAACACUGCAUGGCAGAUGAAAAUUGCUUUAAGGUAAUGUUCCUGCAGAGACAAGGCCAAGUAAUCAUGACAAUUGAGCUGCUGGAUACAGAAGAUGUACAGAAUGAAGAUCCUGCAGAAGUCCAGCACCUGGCAAAUUACGUGGAGCAGUUCAUUAAUGUUGAAGGAGGCCAGAACAACCAGAGUGAAGGCUUUUUACUGAAACCUGUGCUGCUGCAGAGAAAUGUCCGAAGUUUCAACAGCUGGCAGUGCAGAACAAUGAAAGUAAUGAAAGAUGAAGUAAAGUCUUCUUGGAAGAGGCUGAUGGGAGUGGAGAGUGCCAGCAACAUGGACUGCCGUUUUAGACUCAACAGUCACAAAAUGAUGUUUAUAAUUAACUCUGAAGACUAUAUGUACCGCUGGGGAACACUAACAAGGGCCAGAGAGUUCCAGCCAAUGGUCUUCCAGAAGCACCAUGAGAAAUUUAAAGCCUGGCACAAUCGCUGGCUGCAGGAAAACGUCAGCCCCAGAGCAGCCGAACUUGUGCAAGACUGGCUGACCGGUGAAGAAGACGAAGACAUGGUUCCCUGCAAGACUGUAUGUGAAUUCUCAGACGUUCACGGCAUGACGGUCACCAAAUACAGAGUUCAGUACAGCCGCAGAGCUGUCUCUCCCUGACACGUAUUCACCACCACCAAUUUCUAUUUCCUGCUUUUUUUUUGGAGGGCUGCUUUUUUAAUUUAUUUAUUUUUCUUUUCUUUUUUAAAGGAGCACCUCAUUGACAUUGAGGUUGCUGGACGUUAACGCCAGUUCUAUCAUUGUUGACUGUAAUAGUCAAGAGACUCUGUGCUUAAUACCAUCACUAGCAGCUGGGCUAGUGUAUGAACUCGUCUUUUUCAGGCAAUCACAUACAUCCUGAAAGUUCAAUCAGUGCAAAAAUUGGUUAAUCAAACGCAGGAAAAGGAUAAUGAAAUGAGUAAUUGUUUUAAUAUUACAAUGAAAAAUGCAAUGUUAUUUGUUAGUAAGGUCAAAAUCUUUUUCCCCAGGAUAAAUUCCACAAAUAAUUUAAAAUGAAAAAAACUCUGAGAACAGAGAGAGUGCAGUCGGUUUUAAUCCCUUAAUGACCGUGCUAAUCACUAUUAUAUAAGAGAACAUUUUUACCUUGAUUAUCCAUUCCUGAAGGUGUUCUCUUUGCAGCUAUUCUAUUUAAACAGCUUCUUUCAGCCGCUUUGUAUGAUUUUGGUGCGUUUUGAUUAUUUAAAACUAAUAAGAAUAAAUGUAAAAAAAAACUUCCUUCCUCUCUUAUGGAACAAGCAGCAUUACAUCUGGAAUUCAAAGCACUUGUAUAUGAACAGUUUAUAAAACUUGUUCCAUUAACCCCAAACUCUGGAAGUGUGGCUUCAGUAUUUAAAAUUCAAAAAUAGUAAUUAUGUGAAAAAGAGGAUUACGUAUUCCUAUGAAUUAUUAUAUAGUACCACAAAUCAUGAUUUUUUAAGGGUUUUUUGUCUAUAUUGACUUGCAUAAUGGUUACAUUAAAUAAAACCUGUGCUUUAAAACCGG